GAGAUUGUGGAGAUCUUGGUCUAUGGCCCAUUCGGUAAAAAUAUUUGCUGCAGUGUCGUGUGUACUUGUAUGUGUCCGUGUAUAUAAUAUGAUACCCAAAGCAAAAGUUAUUGCAUGGUUGAGAUCUUUCCUUGAACUUUCUUCCCCAAGAUUCACUAAUCAAUUUUCAUGGAGAAAGUGGUAAAAAUCAUGGAGAAAGAAGAGGCGGAAGCUGAAGUAGAGAUGUGGAAGUACAUCUUUGGAUUUGUGGAAAUGGCUGUAGUGAAGUGUGCCAUUGAGCUCGGCAUAGCUGAUGUUAUAGAAAGCCAUGCAGGCCCCAUCACUCUUUCGUCACUGUCGUCUUCCCUCGGGUGCUCGCCUUCUGGUUUGUACCGGAUCAUGAGGUUCCUGGUGAACCGGAGACUAUUCAAGGAGGUAGCGACAAGCCAAGGCGACACAGGCUAUCAGCAGACACCUCUCUCGCGGCGCCUGAUGACCCGCAGCGAGAAUGGCAUGGCUGCCUUACUGUUGCUGGAGAGCAGCCCAGUGAUGCUGGCUCCAUGGCAUGGCCUAAGCGCCCGGCUUCUAGGGAAAGGGAACGCGACGUUCGACGCUGCCCACGGGCAGGAUAUCUGGGGCUAUGCAGCUUCGCAUCCUGCUCACAGUAAGCUCAUAAACGAUGCGAUGGCUUGUGAUGCUAGAAUGGCGGUUUCCGCCAUUGUGAAUGGCUGUCCGGAGGUGUUUGAUGGGGUGAGCACCCUGGUGGAUGUCGGUGGGGGAGAUGGCACUGCCCUGCGGACGUUGAUCAAGGCCCGUCCAUUGAUCAGAGGCAUCAACUUUGAUCUUCCUCACGUUGUUUCCUCCGCCCCUAAAUGUAACGGUGUUGAGUAUGUUAGUGGGGAUAUGUUUGACACUGUCCCUAAAGCGGAUGCUGCUUUCCUCAUGUGGGUUCUACACGACUGGGGAGACGAGGAGUGCAUCCAAAUUCUAGAAAAAUGCAGACAAGCUAUUCCUGGGGACAAAGGGAAGGUGAUAAUUGUGGAAGCUGUGAUACAAGAAAACGAAAAAGAAGGUGAUCACAACAAUCUUAAAGACGUGGGGUUGAUGCUAGACAUGGCUAUGAUGGCUCAUACUACUACCGGCAAAGAAAGGACCUUAAAGGAGUGGGACUAUGUCCUUAAGAAGGCCGGUUUUAAUCGAUACACCGUGAAACCUAUUCGUGCCGUCAAAUCCGUCAUCGAAGCUUAUCCUUAGGGUGUCAUUGGGACACGAAAUUAGGCAUAAAAAUAAGAUGAGAAUGAAGAUGAUUUGAUUUUCAAUGUUAAAUGAUUGUGUUUGUGUUGUAUUUUGACAUUCUUCGAAGUUUAGUGAAGUACUUGGUGUGUUUCUUAUUUGUUUUUUACCUUAAAAUGGCAAGUAUUUGUAAGGGUAAGUGUGGAAUUUUUGAAAUAAUUGGCCAAUUUUUACUUCUAACGAA